UGAGAACCUCGAAUGUUCCAACACCACGCGUAACGGUGCGAAAAAUUCAGAAGUUCCGUAGAGCAAACCCAGAAACAUGUCAGUUGCGGACGAGAAGAACGAACUCGUUUCGAACGAAGCGAGACCCGCGACGCGAUCGGAGCGUGCGUACGGACUCUCGCAGCCGCUACUCAAACAACCAUCUUUCGUGUCUAUCGGAGGCCCGAUAUUAGCUAGAACCGCGUCGGAAGGGAGCGUUCUGACACAGCCAGUCGUACGCUCGACCGCGUUCGAUAGCAUCGAAACCGACAGAGCCACGUUCGGAAGCACGAUCGCCGGGCCAAACCAGACGAACUGGGGCUUUGGCGAAAAUUUUAUCUUAAGCAGCACGGUAAAGUCCGCGAUUCUAAACAUAUCGCUGAAACUCGCGAAAGACUCGCGGCUAACCGAGAUCAGCGAACAAGUCGACGAGAUGAAAGAACUGAUCAGAGGCAUGGCUUCUCAGUUAAAAACCCUCGAGGCGGACAAAACACGCAAGAUUACGAGCGAACCGCCGAAAAUGAGAGCCGAGGCAUGGAGCAGGUACCGAUUGCAACGGGGCUACGGUAGUGGUCCAGCAUGAGUUUCAAGGAACUGAGACGAGAGUGCGAAGAGCUGCGAGGAGAAUUGAGGAGACAGCGCCAGAAGGAACGAGAACUCGAAGAGGCCAAAUGCGAGAAAAUGCGGAAAGAAAUCUCCCAGUUGCGACGUUCCAUCACCGAAUGUCGGAAUAACAUCAAACGACUGGAGGCCUCGUCAUCCUCAGAGGAAGCCGAGAGUACCCUGAACAUCGAGUCGCAACGUCAACAAACACCGACUCAAAGCCAAAGCGACCGUGAGACCACUCGGCGGACACACAUCGAAGCAACCUCGAACUCGACAGGACCUGACAGAGCAAUAUUACCUGAGGCUCGAUGGGAGUAUCCAGAUCCAGAGUAUCCUAAACCAAAGAGCGUGACAAAAUCAAGCAUUCCGAAGCCAACGAGGACAACAAGAACAUCGAAACCCAGUCCCAAAGACAGCAGCGACAAGGAGAACGGCGAGCCAGUAGCCGAGAAACCAGCAAGCAAGCUCCGCAUGAAGCCACUGGUAAGGCUGAAACGUCUCGAGAAAAUGCCACAAGAUCGGAACAACAACCAAGCCGACGACAAGGAAAAGCGGAAAAGCCAUCACCGUGACAAGGCAGCCAUCCUGCGGGAGAAACUGGAAACGCUACGAAAAAGGAAAAUAAGAGACGAACGAGCGGCUCGCCUUCGAAAAGAAAAGGAAGAGUACAAGAGAGAGUUGAAGCGACUCGCGAAUCAGCGAUAUCGCAAGAAAGUUGUCGAAAAACUAAAAGCCGCUACCAGAAGACUCUCUCGAACGAUCGCCGACUCGCCUGAAUCGAGUGCCCCCGAAUCUCCGGACCGAUGGCCCGGAAACACGGAGGCAGGUGGGAGUGUGCAACGGCCCACGGUUGCAGGCGAGAGGGAGCCGACGGCCGACCGACGCGCCAAGGACAGCCGAGAGCCGGAAUCGAGGGUCGCCGAAACACACCGACGGCCUAGGAUAGUGGAAGACCGACCGGCGCCAACCAGACCUCGAGAGGAAAGCCGAGGACCAACCGGACCGUGUGAGAAGAGGCUCAACAGCCCGAUGGUCAUCGAUCUGACCGAGGAACUGAAGGAGGAGUAUCCACCGACGACAGGCACCAGUGUCAAGGAGGAACCGAGGGAAGUAGGAUUCUGACGCCGGAAGAGAGCGGACAUGCGCGUACCCGCUCCCGUGAGAUAAGAUUUUGUAACUGCGCGACGUGACAAAGAGCGAGGCGAAGCUGCGGCGGCUGUAAGGAAGACGAAUAAAAGGCUUUCAGUUAAAA